AUGUUAGCGCUGCUCAUAUCAGCGCUGGUGCCACUGAUGCUGCGGCUGGCUACAACUCCCAGAAGCAUCGGAGACAGUGAAAGCAGAGGUGGGGAGGAGGGCAGUCAUGACAGAGUGGCGGUAUGGCAUGGGGGUCGCCUUAGCAGUCCUGGCAAUGGCGUAGGGAGCUGGUGUGAUGGCGGUAGCAGCGGAGGAGUCGGCGACGGCGAGGAGCGCGUUAACGACCGUGCAGUUCGCGUGGAGAACGACGGCAUUAACAGUGAGGAUCGUGUUGUUGGAUACCGCAAGGGCGACAGCCGAUGCGAUGGGUUCAGGCGCAAUGAGACUAUUAGCUGCAGUGGAGGACGUUCGAAAGACGACGGCUGCGGUGGAUUGCAUGCAGACAUAUGUGGCAGCGAUGCCAGUCGCUACGAGGGCAGCAGCCGUGAUAGUAGAGUGCGUGGCAAUUCUGUUGGUGGCAGUGUCCGUCAUGGAGACGGUAGCAGAAGUGGCGGGUUUAGCAGCGGCGGCGGCGGCGGCGGCGGGUGGAACGGCAUUGGAGCUAGCGGGGGCGAUGGUGGCCGCUCUGGGGACAACGACGAUAUAAUCUGGGGCUUAUGCCUUACCCUGGCUGCGGCGGCGGCACUGCUAAUGGUGUCGGAGUUCCCGCAGCACCUCCUCCCAAGCCCUUUCUUCCCACUGCUGCGUAAGUCACCGCAAUCUGUGAAUUUGCAUCCUCAGCAGCAAGAGCAGCGGCAGCGGGAACUGCCUCGGGAGCUGCUGAAUCAACAACAGGCCUCCGGACCACAGCGGCGAUGGCAGAGGCGGCAACGCAAACAGCAGCGGAAACAGCAGCACGACCAGGAGAUAUCUGAAUGGGCAAAGGUGACGGCUGUGCAGAUCGAAGAUGAAGGCCGCGCAGCGGAUGCCACCGUGGCUGCUGGGGCCGUGGCUGCGGCAGGAAUGGGGCUCUGCAUUCGUUGUCAUGAUAACUCUAGGGUCAUCAGCCACACCAGCAGCAGCCGCGCGUUCACGGCAGGGGCUUCCGCAACCCGUGCACUCAGCCCUUGGCAUACGUUCCCUUCCCACCACCGAGGCUUCUCGCGCUGUGCAUCUCCUGCUGCAUCCCCUACUAAUGGGAGCCAGAUGCCGCCAAAGCAGCCUACUGUACCCCGGCAUAGCCUGCUGCCGCAGCAGGAAGAGGGCGCCUGGCGCCGGCCUGGGUCCUACGGAGGCAUCGUGCGGACUUGCGGGUCAUCCACGAACAGGAACGGCAGCAAAAGACCACAGAGGGGUUGGCUGCCCAGGAAGAGCACCAACAGCAGAGGUAACAACGACAAGAACAGCGGCAUCAAGACCUACAGCAACGGCAGCAGUAAAAGCAGCUACAACAGCAGCGGCCUGUGCCCUGCGGAAACGCACCCCGCCAAGAAGCUCGAGGGAGACAUGCAACGGGUAAAGGCAAAGGAUAAUCGCACACAGGACAAGAUGGGCGACAAUAAUAUGGCACUAAAACGGCAGUUGUGGGUAUGCUCGUUGUGGAAGCGCAUGCAUUACCGCCUGCUCGAUGCCAUCAAACACUUCCAGUGCCACAAAAAUGACCUCCCGUACCACGAUGAUGGUGGUGGUGCCUGCCCACCACGAAACCGUGUCUGCCAGUCCCCCGGCGAGAUAUGGGCGGGAUGUUGAGGUUUACCUCAACCACGAGGUAACCAAGUGGCCGCAAGG